AAAAGUAGAAGAGGCCUCUUGGAACAUCCUCCUCUCCCAUUUCCACCAAACCCAACAUUGACAAAACUAUCCUACUCCAUCUGCUCUUUUCCGUUGUCUUCCCUUCCUCAACAACAACCGAAAACGCCCCCAGGAAAAGGGAAGUCAAGAGGGUUGAAUUUAGCAAAUGGAGGGUCUGAUUCCAAUGAUGUACAGAGCGAUAAAGAGGAACCGAGUUCGGAGCCGAUACGAGUGCUUGUCGGCCGGCGCUUCUCAGACGUACAAUGUUGCUGACUUCUACAUGAAUGGUCAGGCUCAGGCUCAGGCUCAGGCUCAGGUUCAGCCCCAUUUGUAUUUGGGGCCUGCCAGCGACAAGGCGAUUUGUGACCAAAGCCGUCAUCGCCGUUACCGCUCGACCGGAGAUUAUUCGUUCGGGCUCACGCCUGGCGGCGAUGGGGACGACAUGAACGCGUGGAAGGGCGUUGCUCCGCAUUCGAAGCAGGUGGUGAGGUUCAGAAGAAGCCACAGCGUGCUCUCUUGUUUUACCGGUGCCUAGGUAGCUUUCAUUACGAAAUUUCUCAGUCUCUUGCUCUUCCUCUUCCUCUUUUGGUAUGGUUUGGUUAUGUCGUGAAGGUGUUAGGAUUCAGGAACAUGAAGUCUCUGUUCAAGUCUGUAAAUUUGGGUGCUCCAGAGACAGAAGAAGUCUUUACUUUUUCUCUGUU